UGUGAAAAUUCCCCACCGGCUUCUCACCGGAAACCCUUCCCUCGCCGCCGGCGCCAUGCUGCGCCUCCGGAGCUGCAUCGUCACACAUCUCCUCUCUUCUCCCACUGCCUCUCCCAUCUCCUCCCUGCGCCGCCUCCUCUCAGCCGCGCCUGCCGUUUCCACGAGCCCUAGCUUCGCCGUGGAGGACUACCUCGUCGGCACCUGCGGCCUGACCCGGGCCCAGGCGCUCAAGGCGUCCACGAAGCUCUCCCACCUCAAGUCUCCCUCCAAGCCCGACGCCGUCGUCGCCUUCCUCGCCGGCCUUGGCUUCUCCAGCGCCGAUGUCGCCGCCGCCGUCGCCAAGAACCCCAAGUUACUCUGCAUGGGCGUGGAGAGGACUCUGGCCCCCAUGGUCGCCGAGCUCACUGGCCUCGGUCUAUCGCGCUCCGAGAUUGCCAGCCUCUUCUUGCUCUCCAGCGUCAAAAUACGCCUUAGAUCUAUUGUCUCCAAGGUGCAGUACUACCUGACCCUCCUCGGCUCCUCCGAGAACCUCCUUCGGGCGAUCAAACGCAGCUACUACCUCCUCACGUCCGAUCUCGAAAGGGUGACCAAGCUCAAUGUGGCGUUCCUGCAGGAGUGCGGGCUAGGUGCUUGCGAUAUUGCCAAGCUGUGCAUCAGAGCACCGUGUAUUCUCAGCAUCAACCCGCAGCGUUUCCGGAAGGGGGUGGAAUUGGCCAAAGGUCUAGAUGUGCCCUGCAGCUCCGGGGCGUUCAUCGACGCGCUGGAGUCUGUCACAUACCUCAGCGAAGAGAAGAUGGCCACACAAGCAGAGUACUUGAAGAAGGCGUUCAGGUGGUCAGAUGCCGAGACACGCAUUGCUAUUUCUAAGGCUCCAUCGUUGCUGAGGAGGUCUAAGGACAUGCUGCAGAGUAGGUCCGAGUUCCUCAUCUCCGAGGUGGGGCUCGAACCGGCGUACAUUGCUCAUCGGCCGAGUUUGGUCAAUUACAGCCCGGAGGGCCGGACCAGACCCAGGUACUAUGCUGUAAAGUUUCUCAAGGCAAAUGGAUUGCUAGAUCUCGACCGAGACUACUUUAGUACAGUCACGAUCAGUGAGAAGGUAUUCCUGGAGAAGUACAUAUGCCCUCACAAGGAAGCUGCACCACACCUCGCUGAAGACUAUGCCGCCGCUUGCAAAGGGGAAGUGCCAUCUAGAUUAAAAUUUCCAUGAACAAAGAACAGACAGAACACCCUUUGAAAAUUGGUAACUGCCUAGUAAGAUGGUAUUUCACGUUAACAGCUCGUUUGGCAACCAAGAAUUCAUUUUAUUUGAUCAAAAUGAAAUGAAAUCCAAUUUUUGAUAGGAUUUCAUUUGGUUGAAUUUGAAUUCCGGGUUGAAAAAUCAUGUUUGUCUGCCACAUGGAAUUGAAGAGUGAGAGACAAUUCUAGAGAAAUGAUGUCUUUUAGGGAGGAACUGAGGCCAGUUAUAGUGUGAUUCCAUGGAAUUUGAGAUUGAAUUCAUGUGGCUAAUUCCGUGCCAACCAAACAAGUUGUUUUUUGGAAUUCAAAAUGAAUUCUACAAUUCUAUGCCCAAAUGAUGGGUGCCAAACGAGAUGUAAGUGUUCUUGCCUAACUGGAUUUUCGUUAUCUGCUAUAGUAUGUUUGUUACGUGCUGCUUUGCUCGCUGCUAACACCUGAUGAAACUGAUAAUUUCGUAUCCUUGAUAUCCUCAUGACUCAUGUCAUCACUCAAUACUGAAGAAAGCAUGGCUUGUUUAUGCGCUUGUUUAUCCUGAAGUUUUAUGAGAACCUUCUGCAGUAUCUUUGUUUGAAGAGAUUAACUGUUGUGAAAGCAAUGCAUGAUUUACUACUUUGUAUGACUCUUUUCCUUUUUUUUUCUUGUAUUUAUGUUAUUAACUGUUGGGCGAGCCAGUUGGUAUACUCGUCAUACAUGGAAGGUUCUUAUUUCUACUCCAUGGGCUGUCAACUUUCAAUCAUUUCAGGUCCCUGGGCUGUCCAUGGGAUCUCUACUACUUAGUACUCGCAUAUUUGAUAAUUGAUACUGUAUCUGGUAGUAUCAAAAAUAGAGGAACUGUGGUUUCACAACAUUAGUUGUGCAGUAGCUUCUCAAAAGCGUUUAGCUUUAUCUGUGCCUAUAAGCUCACGAGCUGCAACAGCCAUAAUGUCCUGCUAAUUGUCUUUAAGCAAUACUAAUAACCUCUGUUGCUCAUUUUGGGAGUACCCAGCUGAUUGUUUUGAUGCUCUUAAUAAGACGGUUGCUCGAUGUGACGCCUGCAUGCUAGGCAUGUAUCAAGUACCACCUUUCAUCCCUUUUACUGGAAGGUAGAUAAAUGGAUCAAAUUCAAGUUGGAAAUAGAUUGGUGUUGAUGAAUUGUGCAGUGCGUUUCUUAUUUAGGACAAUUAUUAGCACAAGAGUAGCAUUUCGUCUAACAACAUCGACAUUGUAGCAUUGGUUUCAGAUGUAUCAGCUGAAGUGCCAGAAUCCAAUUUUCGUUAAUUUUCGUAAAUUGGUGAUUACUUGCGCCGUUUAAUGGAAUGUGCAGAUACUCCAGUAUGAAUGUGUUUGUUGUGCAGACUGAUACCAACAGGCAGAUUGAAAUUUGCAAAGAAAUCCAGGAGCUGAUCGUUCCAAUUUUCUA